GCUCACCGCCCGGCCGGCCGGCCUCGCGCCGAGACCCCGCGCCCCGCCGCGGCCGCAGCCCCGGCCCCGCCGUCCCCCCCGCGCCCUCACCUGGAAGCGCGCCGGGCCGCGCCGGCAGGAGGGGAGGAGGGAGAGGAAACGGGGAGGGAGAAGGGGGAGGAGGGGUGGCCGUAUCCUCAGCGCGGCCGGCGGGGAUGGAGGCGGCGAGCGGCGGCGAAGGGCCGGGCUGCGGCUGCAAAGGGAUCCGCUCCUGCCUGCUCUGCGAGGGGCCCGCGCAGGCCGCUCCGCCCCCGCAGGGAGAAGAUAAUUUCACUUACUGUCCAGCAACAGGCCUGGCUAAAGGAAAUGAGCACUCAGAAUUUGCUGGCUGGGCAUUCCCUUUUCCAGGGGUAUUUCUGAUGGAAGAGUUCAUUAGCGAAGAUGAAGAAUCUGAGAUAGUUGAACUGAUGGAUCAAGAUGACUGGAAACUAUCACAGUCUGGCCGAAAGAAACAGGACUAUGGACCCAAGGUGAACUUCAAGAAACAAAGGCUCAAGGCUGGCAGCUUCACCGGUUUGCCACAUUUCAGUAAGAAGAUUGUGGCCCAGAUGAAGGCUUGCUCUGUACUGGGCAGCUUCUUACCUGUUGAACAAUGUAAUCUGGACUACACACCAGAAAGAGGUUCUGCCAUUGACCCACAUUUUGAUGACUGGUGGCUCUGGGGAGAACGUCUGGUUAGCCUCAACCUGCUCUCCAAAACCGUGCUGUCCAUGUCUUGUGACUCAGAGGACACUGUCCAAUUAUUUCCCACUUUCAGUAAAGAAAACAGGGAACUAAGUCCCCCUGGAUCCCUCACACAGACACCAGAGUGCAGAAAUUCAGGUGAAGAGGGAAUCAACUGCAUUUUAUCCCCAAGGUGUGUUGCAGGUAAAGAUGUGACUGUGGCCAUUCCCUUAGCCCGGAGGUCUCUGGUGGUGCUGUACGGUGACGCGCGGUACAAGUGGAAACACGCCAUUCACCGCAAGCACAUCGAGCGGCGCCGGGUCUGUGUCACCUUCAGGGAGCUGUCUGCAGAGUUUGGCACUGGAGGAAGGCAUGAGGAACUGGGUAAAGAACUGCUAGAAAUAGCUCUUUCCUUUCAAGGAAGACCGGUGUGAUCAGCAAGAGUAAGCUGGAAGUGUGUUUCAUAGAAUAGAAUCCCAGAAUGGGGGCGUUGGAAGGGCCCUGCAGAGCUGCUCCAGCCCAACCCCUGCUAAAGCAGGUUCCCCUCCAUCACGGGCAACAUGUCCAGGUGGGUUUGGAAACUUCCCGAGAAGGAGCCUCCACACCCUCCCUGGGCAGCCUGGGCCAGGGCUCCGUCACCUCAACACCAAAUAAGUUCUUCUUCAUGAUUAAGUGGAACUUUUUGUGUUCCAGCUCAGAUCCAUCACCCCUUUUCCUGUCCCUGGACACUACAGAAAAAACUGUUCCCCCAGCCUCCUGACACCCACCCUUUAGGUACUUAUAGGCAUUGAUGAGGUGCCUCCUUGUUCUUCUCUUUUCUAGGCUAAACAGCCCCCAUUUUGCCAGGAAACUGGAAAAUAAAGUUCAGAAUUUGUACAGCUCA